AGAAAUGUCCCCGACUAAUCACUCCUUCACAAUGACUAACACAGACUGUGGAAUGGUAGGUUAGCCCGGUCGUGUGAGUCGCUCCCGGCUUCUAACAUCUCCACACUGGGCGGUGCCGGUCUAUCUGACCGAGAGACAGACUCGGAAGAGCGGCUGAGUUGAGUUUACCGAAGAUGGACGUGUAUGUUCUUCCCCCGCUCGGCGUGGUCCUGGCCCUCAUCCUUCAGAUAACGGGGGCGCUCGAGCCGUACGACCUGCUGUACGAUAACGGAGUGGAGGCUUUUUCCAGAGGCGACUAUGCCGGUGUGGUGCGGUACAUGGAGAAAGCGCUGGCAAGUUUCUCCCGAGUUCGUCAGACCAAAAUCCGCUGCAGGCUUAAGUGUGAGGACCAGCAUCGCAUCGACAGCAACAUCAACACCGACCUGUUCUUCUUCGACUCGGUCCUCCGGAGAGCCGCCUGUCUGAACGCCUGUAUCGAGGAACAAAUCGGCACACAGUCCAUGCACACAGUGAGCGAGGAUGUUAUCCAGGACUUCCACAGAAGAAUCCCUUACAACUACCUUCAGCUGGCCUACAGAAAGCUGAAUCAGUUGGACAAAGCAGCUGCGGCUGCUCACACAUAUUUCCAGGCGAACCCUGAGCAUGUGGAGAUGGGCCAGAACUUGGAGCAGUAUAAGACCCUGGAGGGUGUGGAGGAGAAACACUUCAUUGACCGAGAGGCCCGUCCACACCAGAGAGCGUUCUCAGCCGGAGUGAAGCUGUAUGAUAAAGGGGAUUACGAGGGGUCUGUAUCCCUGUUCGAGGAAGCGCUGACUGAAUAUUACAAAGCAGAUGUGGAGUGCCGAGCCCUGUGUGAGGGACCCCAGCAGUUCCAGGAGCAAAACCAUGUGCUGUAUCGCUACAGCCUCUACGAGCUCAUUUCAGAUCACUACACUCAGGUACUGCACUGCAAGCACGAGUGUGUGAGGGAUUUGGCUACACGCCCCGGCCGACUCUCGCCAAUGGAGAACUACCUACCCCUGCACUACGAUUAUCUGCAGUUCGCCUAUUUCCAAGUGAAUAAGCUGGACGAAGCUCUGUCCUGUGCUCUAACGUACCUGCUGUUUCAUGAAGGAGCAGAGUUCAUGAUUGAAAACGUGGAACAUUUCUCAGAGAGCUUGGGUCAUGACGGUCAGCCUCGCCAGGAGGCUGUGCAGUAUUUGCAGAGGCACAAGCAAGAACUGGAGCUGCUCCAAAUUGGCACAGAAAAUCUGGGAAUACCCUACACAGAAGGGAACUACUGGAGCAGCCUUGGAGGAAGAGAAGAUGCAAACCGGAUCCCCUCUGGAACAGAUGGCUGGAUGGAGUACGUUCCCAUCUCUGAGAAGAAGGACACCUCAGUGACUGUGGUGCAGGAGCUGAGGGAAGGAGGUCCAUUGUUGUAUGACAGUGUUCGGGUAACACAGAAUUCACUGGAUCUUAAUGGUACACAGAGAGUUGUUUUUGAUGAUGUCAUUUCUGAAGAUGAGUGUUCUGAGCUGAAGCAUCUGGCACAUACUACGACCAUUUCUGGAGAUGGCUAUCGAGGGAAGAUGUCCCCUCACACACCAAAUGAAAAAUUUGAAGGAACAACUGUGCUUAAAACCUUGCAGUUUGGUUAUGAGGGGCGUGUCCCUUUUAGAAGUGCCCGCCUUUUCUACGACAUCAGUGAGAAGGCCAGGCAGAUAGUCGAGUCUUACUUCAUGCUGAACUCCACCCUUCACUUCUCAUAUACUCAUCUAGUGUGCAGGACAGCGAUCACAGGUCAGCAGGACCACAGGAUUGACCUCAGUCACCCAAUCCAUGCUGAUAACUGUCUGCUGGACCCAGAAGCCAACGAGUGCUGGAAAGAGCCUCCAGCUUACACCUACAGAGACUACAGUGCUCUGCUGUAUCUCAAUGGAGAUUUUGAAGGUGGAGAGUUCAUAUUCACAGAAAUGGAUGCCAAAACCAUUACGGCAUCAGUGAAGCCACGGUGUGGGAGGAUGGUAGGUUUCUCCUCUGGUGGUGAGAACCCACAUGGUGUACGCGCCGUCACCAGAGGGCAGAGAUGUGCUGUAGCGCUCUGGUUCACUCUGGAUCCCCUCUACAGAGAACUGGAGAGGCUUCAAGCUGAUGAAGUCAUUCAAGCCCUUGAAAACCAGCAUCUCUGGACUCAGAUCAACCCCAAAGACGAGUUAUAGCGUAAGAGCCAAUUGAGAGGAAGCUUUUUCAGAACAGUUUCUAUUUAUUUCAUCUUAUUUGAUCAGGACAGUUUUAUUUUUGUACUGUUUGAUGUUAAAGUGCAUUAUGUUUUUUUGGUUUCUAAGAAUAUGAAAUAUUGUGUGCUGACACUUUAUUUUUCAUUUGGACAUGAUUUCGUAUGACAUGUGGACACAUCUGUACCAAUUGUACCAUUUGUGCGUGAACAUCUUUGAGUCUCUAAAGCAGCAUAGAGAUUGACAAUUGACUGUAUAGUUUGAUCUACAGUGAAGAAUAUGAUAUUUGAGGCUGAUCAAAUUUGUCCAUUUUGCUGACUUUGGGGACUUUUUGUGCUUACUGUACAUGCUUUGAAAAGGUUUUUUCAACCUCUUACCCUCAUUAUAUAAAGCACUGUCAUUGUGGGUUUUUUGUUUUUCUUUUUUUCAGGAUGUUAUCAGUUUAUUUGUUCUAUGGGAUUAGAUAAAUGUUUACAGAACUGACUCAACACUAUGGUCUGCUCUGAUCACAAACAUCCACCAUAGCCUGUGUCAGCAUUUAAUGUUAGAAACUUUUUUAAUAAAAGAAGCUAUUUAUUCCUGUUUCAAGGAAUUUAACUUAAAUGUGGCAUAUAUCAGUCCUUACUUUUCAAAUAAAUACACUUCUUUAAUUACAUUCUCAACCUCUGUGGGCAAUCUGUGUGGGUGCUGUUAGCACUGUUCCUUUAAUACGGUAUUUCCAGUGGUUUACAGUUGACCUGAUGUUUUUGAUAAGGAGGAUGGCCACUUUUUCUCAUUGAUAUUUAAUGUUACAAGUAUUAAUGCUUUACCUAAAGUAAAAUAUAUUUGUAACAACUGUUUUUUUUAAUUAAAGUUUCAAAUAUGA